AUGGCCGAUGACAUGGGUUGGGGUGAUUUGGGCGCGAAUUGGCCCAAUACACGUGAUACUCCAUUUCUUGAUUAUUUAGCUUCUAUAAGUAUUCGCUUGCCAGAUUAUCACAGUGGAGCGUCAGUUUGCAGUGUUAGUCGAGCAGCUCUAUUAACUGGGCGAUUAACGCCACGUACGGGUGUUUGGCAAAAUUUCGCCUCAACUGCCCUUGGGGGACUGCCUGUUAAUGAAACUAUCAUUUCGGAACUUUUAAAAAGUGUUGGCUAUGCAACUGCUAUUCAUGGUAAAUGGCAUCUCGGACAUCAACCUCCGUUUCAUCCUUCAUACCGAGGAUUCGAUGAGUAUAUCGGUGUUCCAUAUAGUAUUGAUAUGGGCUGCACAGAUAAUCCUGGAGCUAACCAUCCACCUGUCAAAGUUUGUCCUAAAGAUCCGCCGCUUCAUUUCGAACAAAAACAUGAACAUCCUAAUGAUCUAAGAAAAGUUAUUGAAGCUGAUUUAACAGUUGGUAUACCACUGUAUCAAUGUCUUACACCUCGAUGUUUUAAUGAUAACUGUAAUAAAGAAAUCAUUGAACAGCCAGUUAAUCUUUCAACUUUAACACAAUCGUAUAUUGAUAAUGAUCGACGAUUUAUUCAACAAAGUGUAGAAGCAAAGCAACCAUUCUUUCUAUAUUUACCCUUAUCACACAUGCACGUACCGCAUGAUUAUGCACGACAGUUCAAAGAUACAAGUGCUUUGCCAAGUGUUUAUGGUGACACACUACGAGAAUUAGAUUAUCAUGUCAAUCAAACGUAUCAACUGUUAAAAGAUUUAGAUAUUUUAAACCAAACACUGUUGAUCUUUACCAGUGACAACGGACCAUGGUCAUCAAAAUGUGAUUUAGCAGGAAAUCAAGGACCAUUUAUGGGUGUAUGGCAAGCGUCACCAUUACCUUCUGGAGGUGGAGGAGGAGGCACAGCAAAGUUCACAACAUGGGAGGCAGGACAUCGUGUUCCAUUCAUUGCACAUUGGCCGGGCAUGAUCAAACCGGGCACCUUCUCUAAUGCCGUUGGGUCGCACUUGGAUAUGAUGCCAACUAUUGCAAAUCUUGCUAAUUUUACUUUACCGUCAGAUCGCAGCUUUGAUGGAAUUGAUCUGAGUCCGGUGCUUUUUGAUGGUUCCGACCAGGGCCAUGAAUAUCUAUUUCAUCCAGAUAUGCUUGGCAUACUUUCAGCAGUUCGUUAUAAUCAAUAUAAAGCUUAUUAUAUGACAUAUCCUGCGAUUGACGGAGCAUGUGGUGGUAAAGAAGGCUUUAUCAGCCCUCAUGAACCACCGCUAGUUUUUGAUCUUAGCCGUGAUUUGGCUGAAUCAACUCCAAUAGUGGUUUCGCAAUCAGUGUACGAUGCUAUUGAUCAAGCAUUACAAGCAAAGUUAAAAGAUAUUGCCUCAACACCGCGCACAAAAGUUGAUUAUCGAAUAGGAGGAUUAGAUGCACGCGCUUGCUGUGAUGCAGGACAUAUUGUUUGUCGUUGUACGGACUGA